ACGCGGAGGGACUAGUGGCCGGCAGAGUCCGGGCAUGCGACAGCUCGGGCCGGGAGGCUCUUCGGAAACUCCAGGACGCCGAGAAACUGAUUCCACGGUGCAGCCAGAGGAUGGCUCUCCCCACACUGCCCUCCUACUGGUGCAGCCGAAGGCUCCUGAGUCAGCAGAUGGCACGACAGCGAGAGCAGGAGGCCCGGAUUCGGCAGCAGUGGGAUCAGAACAGCCGUUACUUCAUGAUGUCUGACAUCUGCAGCUCCAAACAGGCAGAAUGGAGCUCCAAAACCUCCUACCAGCGGAGCAUGCACGCCUAUCAGCGUGAGAAGAUGAAGGAGGAGAAGAGGAAGAGUCUGGAGGCCCGACGAGAGAAACUCAGGCAGCUCAUGCUGGAGGAGCAGGACCUGCUGGCCAGAGAGCUGGAGGAGCUGAGGCUGAGCAUGAACUCUCGGGAAAGAAGAAUCCGGGAGCAGCACCGGAGUCUGAAAUCAGCCCAAGAAGAGCAAAGGAAACUGAUUGCUGAACAGCUUCUGUAUGAACACUGGAAGAACAACAACCCGAAACUUCGAGAGAUGGAGCUGGCCCUUCACAAGAAGCAUGUGGUAAACUGUUGGGAAACGCAGAAAGAAGAAAAAAAACAGCAAGAAGCCACGGAAGAGCAGGAGAACCAACGGUAUGAAAAUGAAUACGAGAGGGCCCGAAGGGAAGCGCUGGAACGGAUGAAAGCGGAAGAGGAGAGGCGGCGACUGGAGGAUAAACUGCAGGCCGAGGCGCUGCGGCAGCAGAUGGAGGAGCUGAAGCUGAAGGAGGUGGAGGCAACCAAACUGAAGAAGGAGCAGGAGAAUCUGCUGACGCAGCAGUGGGAGCUGGAGAGGCUGGAGGAAGAGAGGAAGCAGAGGGCAGCCUGCCGGCAGAAGGCGGAGCUAGGGCGUUUCUUGAGACAUCAGUAUAAUGCACAGCUCAACAGACGGACGCAGCAGAUCCAAGAGGAACUGGAGGCAGACAGGCGGCUCCUGCAGGCCCUCCUCGAGAAGGAGCAUGAGAACCAGUGUGCGCACCUGGCCCGGAGGGAGCAGGCCGUGGCCGACGUGGCCUGGAUGAAGCAGGUCAUCGAGGAGCAGCUGCAGCUGGAGAAGGCGCGGGAGGCAGAGCUGCAGAUGCUGCUGAGGGAGGAGGCCAAGGAGAUGUGGGAAAAGAGAGAGGCAGAGUGGGCCCGAGAGCGGAGCGCGAGGGACAGACUGAUGGACGAGGUUCUGAUAGGGAGACAACAACAAAUACAAGAAAAGAUUGAACAAAACCGACGGGCACAAGAGGAAUCCCUAAAACACAGGGAGCAGCUCAUCCGAAGUCUCGAGGAGGCAAGAGAGUCAGCUCGCCGAGAGAAAGAGGAGAGUGAAGAACUGAAAUCUGCCAGGAAACAGGAGUUGGAAGCUCAGGUUGCAGAGCGCCAGCUGCAGGCGUGGGAAGCAGACCAACAGGAGGAGGAGGAAGAGGAGGAAGCCAGACAGGAAGAGCAGCUCACCAACACCCUGCUGCAGCAGGAGGCAAAGACAAUGGCUGAGCAGGGCUACCGGCCUAAGCCUUACGGACAUCCCAAAAUUGCUUGGAACUGACUGCAUUGGUACCCUAAGCACAGGAUGCUGAGGCAUUUGAUACACAGCUGCCGGACAGUUGGACAAUGUUCUAGUGGUCGUCCGUGUUCAGGGCACUCUCAGAUAGUUCAGCGAUGCCUGUUCAGGUGCGUGAUUAAAGGUAUUGAGGAUAUGGCCAGA